CUUAUAAUACCUGGCAAUCAGAAGCUGGCCCUCAGUUUAUGUCCUAGUGACGGUCGGGGACACAUUCAUGAUGGAGGUAAACAUGUGGAUAGUUGUCGCACUUUGCGUUUCUGCGGUGACUUUGACCGCAGCCCUAGACAACGGCUUGGCCUUGACCCCUCCCAUGGGUUGGUUGGCAUGGACACGCUUCCGGUGUAAUAUAGACUGUGACAAUGAUCCAGACAAUUGUAUAAGCGAGAGACUGUUCCAGCAGAUGGCGGACCUGCUUGUGUCCGGGGGAUACAAAGACGCCGGCUAUGAAUACCUGUGUGUUGAUGACUGCUGGCUGGCCACGGAGAGGGCGGCCGAUGGAUCUCUCCAGGGAGAUCCUAAACGGUUCCCAAGUGGAAUGAAGGCUCUUGGAGAUUAUGUCCAUGCCAAGGGACUAAAGUUCGGAAUCUACGCAGAUUUCGGAAAAACUACGUGCGAAAAAUAUCCAGGGAGUGAGUUCUACUUGAGGCAGGAUGCGCAGACUUUCGCUGACUGGGGAGUUGAUCUGCUGAAGCUGGAUGGUUGCUAUGGCGACGUCCGUGACUAUGACUACGGCUACCCAGCAAUGACCAAGUUCCUCAACCUAACAGGGCGACCCAUCAUGUUUCACUGUGACUGGCCCAAGUACCAAAUACUGGCAGGCAUAACGCCAAACUACACCGCCAUCAAAGAGUCGUGUAACCUGUGGCGUAACUACGACGACAUCUGGGACAACUGGGACGGUCUGAGCGACAUCAUCAACUACUACGUCAAGAACGACGACGACUUCAUGUCUUACUCGGGACCCGGGGGUUGGGUUGACCCCGAUGAGUUGGUGAUCGGCAAUUUCGGGCUCAGUGAUGUUCAAGAACGUGUGCAGAUGGCGCUGUGGGCGAUGCUCCCCUCCCCACUGAUCAUGUCCAAUGACCUCAGGAACAUCCGCAAUCAGUCUAAGCAGCUUCUGCUCAACCCACGGCUCAUCGCCAUUAACCAGCAGCAACUCGGCACCAGCGCACGACGGAUAACCACGAUCGGUGCUGUUGACGUGUGGACUCGAUCUAUCAUGCCUACCGGAACUCAAGUCAUUGCUUUAGUGCACAUGAACAUCACCAGAAACUACGCCGUUCAAGCACGCGUCACCGUCCAGGCUAAGGAAAUCGGACUCACCGGCGCAAGCGGAUAUGACGUCAUAGAGACGUUUGACGGCACAAGUCUCGGUCACUUCAAUCCUGACGAUACGAUUGGUCCAAUUGUUGUUGAUCCGACUGGCGUGUACCUGAUGACAGCCACGCCGACUAGUUCGAUCCCUGAAAACAAUUUACAUCAUAAUUAAACAUUUUAACACU